AAAUUGCAGAGUGGAAUAGGGUUAAUGAAGUUUAAAAAGGGUUUUCGAGGCACAGAAGCACUAGAAGAAGGCAGUAAUCGAAAUUGAUUUUGCUGGAAUUGUGUUUUGGAGCUGCUGUGAUGAGUUCGUGCUGAAUUGGGCUAUAAUUCGUAUAGCUCUGGUCCGACAGCAUGGGUUACGAUUCGGCUAGCCCCUCGCAGGAUGGGAGGGACGAAGAUGAUGAAGAAGAAUAUGAGGAGUCUGGCAAGGGUAAUCGGUUUCUUGGGUUCAUGUUUGGAAAUGUAGAUAAUUCUGGUGAUCUCGAUGUUGACUAUCUUGAUGAGGAUGCAAAGGAGCAUCUUUCUGCAUUAGCCGAUAAGUUGGGUCCAUCACUGACAGAUAUAGAUUUGUCAGGAAAAUCACCACAAACACCACCUGACGUUGUUGAACAAGACUGUGAUGAAAAAGCUGAAGACGCUGUUGAUUAUGAAGAUAUUGAUGAAGAGUAUGAUGGUCCAGAGACAGAGGCUGCCAAUGAAGAAGACUAUUUAUUGCCAAAAAAAGAAUUUUUCUCUGCUGAAGCAUCUGUAUGUAUGGAAUCCAAAGCUUCUGUAUUUGAUGAUGAAAAUUAUGAUGAAGAAUCUGAGAAGGAGCAAGACUUUCUGAAUGAAGAUUCUAAACCUGAUAAUAUCUCCUUACUUGAGGAGCAGGAAGAGACUUUGGUAGAGGCAUCUAAAGAAGAGAGUGCUCUUGAACGUGAAUUACAUGUUGACUCACUGCAAAGUGAAGAAUUGGAUGCCGAUGUACAAAAACCUGAGGAGGAAGGGACUGAAGUCCAGAAAAGGUCUAUGGCUAUGCCGUUGCCUGUUUUAUGUGUGGAAGAUGGUGUGGCAAUUUUACGCUUCUCUGAAAUCUUUGGCAUUCAUGAACCUCUCAGAAAGGGAGAAAAGAGAGAACACCGGCAACCUAUUACUAGAGAUAGAUACAAGUCUUUGGAUUUUACUGAUGAUUUUGUAGAAGAGGAUGAAGAGGAGUUCCUCAAGGGUUCCUCCCAGAGUCUCUCACAGACUAAACAAGUUUCUGUAGUUCAUAAUGAUGUAUCAGAAAGCAACGAUGUUGACUUGGAGUUUCCAAAAUUUGGGUUUCUUCAUACUGAGCCCUCAGUGGCCAGGAAAGAUGAUCAUCAAUCAAAGGACUCGUGUCAUAGUGCUGAACCAAUGAAAGGGGAUUUUGAAGAAGACCUUUCCUGGAAAGAUCAUCCUUUCAUAUGGACCAACUUUUAUCCUCUUGAUCAGCAAGACUGGGAAGAUGAAAUCAUUUGGGGCAAUUCUCCUGUUCAAAGUAAUAAUAAUAUUGAAAGCUGUGAAGUUUCUGGACCAGAGUUGGGAGUUUCUGGUGGCAGUGAAAUAGAAAUUGAAAGUGGGAUCCAGAAUAUUCAGCUGGAGCCUCACAAGAUACUGGAAGAUAAAGAUCAUAAUGUCUUACUCAGCUCGCCUGUCUCGUUGGAGGCCUUUGGCUCAAGGGAUUCUUCUGAAGCUAAAACCAAUCUAAUAUCUAGAAGUCUUUUUCAUCCCCAACUUUUAAGGUUAGAAUCCAGAUCUGAAGUGGAUAGUUCUAUUCUUGCAGAUGGAAAAGAGGGUGAGAUAUCUAAACAUAAUCAAAGUGGUCAAAUUACACGUUUUAGCAAGGCUAUAUCUAAAAAUAGAGACAUGAUGGAGGGUUCCUGGUUAGACGAGAUAAUAUGGGAGGAGGUUGAUCAGCCUGUGGUGAAACCAAAGCUUAUCUUUGAUCUUCAGGAUGAUCAAAUGCACUUCGAAGUUUUGGAUAGCAAGGAUGGUGCACAUCUUCGUCUUCAUGCUGGGGCUAUAAUUUUAACUCGUUCUUCAAAAUCAAGCAGUGGGGACUCAUCUGAAGUACCAGGACAUGGAAGUCAAUAUGGAUGGCGAUAUGUGUCUAAUGACAAACAUUAUUCAAAUCGUAAAACUUCUCAACAAUUGAAAUCAAAUUCCAAAAAACGCUCGGCACAUGGUGUCAAAGUUUUCCACUCUCAACCUGCGUUGAAGCUGCAGACAAUGAAAUUGAAGUUGAGCAAUAAAGAUAUUGCAAAUUUUCACCGGCCAAAAGCAUUAUGGUAUCCCCAUGACAAUGAGGUUGCUGUCAAAGAACAAGGGAAAUUGCCAACACAAGGACCCAUGAAGAUUAUUAUCAAGAGUUUGGGUGGCAAGGGGAGUAAAUUGCAUGUGGAUACUGAUGAAACUCUCUCAACUGUUAAAGCAAAAGCUUCCAAAAAGCUAGAUUUUAAGGCAUCGGAAACAGUGAAAAUAUUUUAUUUAGGGAGGGAGCUUGAAGAUCAGAAGUCACUUGCUGAACAAAAUGUUCAACCAAACUCCUUGAUACAUCUUGUUCGUUCAAAGAUACAUUUGUGGCCAAAAGCACAGAGGGUUCCUGGGGAGAACAAGUCCUUGCGUCCUCCUGGGGCAUUCAAGAAAAAAUCUGAUCUGUCUGUAAAAGACGGUCAUGUUUUUCUGAUGGAGUAUUGUGAAGAAAGACCUUUACUUUUGAGCAAUGUUGGAAUGGGUGCAAGACUUUGUACAUACUAUCAAAAAUGCUCACCAGAUGACCAAUCUGGCUCUUUAUUACGUAACACAGAUAGUAGCUUGGGGCACGUUAUUUCUCUGGAUCCUGCAGAUAAAUCUCCGUUCCUUGGAGAUUUGAAACCUGGUUGCUGUCAGUCAUCACUAGAGACAAAUAUGUAUAGAGCACCCGUAUUUCCUCAUAAAGUUCCACUAACUGACUACCUGCUGGUUCGCUCACCAAAGGGAAAGCUAUCAUUAAGGCGCAUUGAUAAAAUUAAUGUUGUUGGACAGCAGGAGCCACUCAUGGAGGUAUUUUCACCAGGAAGUAAAAAUCUUCAGACUUACAUGAUGAACAGGCUGUUGGUACACAUGUGCCGUGAAUUCCAAGCAGCAGAGAAGCGGCACUUGCCUCCUCAUAUCCGUGUUGAUGAAUUUCUCUCACAGUUUCCUUACCAGUCGGAAGCAUCAUUUCGUAAGAAAAUCAAGGAAUAUGCAAAUUUACAGAGGGGAGCAAAUGGACAGUCGAUUUUGGUUAAAAAGAGAAAUUUCCGCAUUUGGUCAGAGGAUGAAUUGAGAAAAAUGGUUCUGCCGGAGCUUGUUUGUGCCUAUGAAAGCAUGCAAGCAGGCCUCUACCGACUAAAACAUUUAGGAAUAACUGAAACACACCCUACAAAUAUUUCGUCUGCAAUGAAUCGGCUUCCUGAUGAAGCAAUAGCAUUGGCUGCUGCAUCACACAUUGAGAGGGAACUGCAGAUUACUCCUUGGAACUUGAGUAGCAAUUUUGUUGCUUGUACAAGCCAGGGCAAGGAAAAUAUUGAACGAAUGGAAAUUACUGGUGUUGGUGAUCCUUCUGGUCGAGGCAUGGGUUUCAGCUAUGCUCGGGCACCUCCAAAGGCACCAGUGUCUAGUGCAAUGGUGAAGAAGAAAGCAGCUGCUAACCGUGGAGGUUCCACUGUUACUGGUACAGAUGCUGAUCUGCGUAGAUUAAGCAUGGAGGCUGCACGAGAGGUUCUUCUUAAGUUCAAUGUUCCUGAGGAAGUCAUUGCUAAACAAACCAGGUGGCAUCGCAUUGCUAUGAUACGUAAACUUUCAAGUGAGCAAGCUGCAUCUGGGGUUAAGGUUGAUCCGACAACUAUCAGCAAAUAUGCUCGUGGCCAGCGAAUGUCCUUUCUUCAGUUACAGCAGCAGACUAGAGAAAAAUGCCAGGAGAUUUGGGAUCGACAAGUUCAGAGUCUGUCGGCUGUAAAUGCUGAUGAGAAUGAGAGUGAUUCGGAAGGUAAUAGUGAUCUGGAUUCUUUUGCUGGAGACCUGGAAAAUUUACUUGAUGCUGAGGAGUUUGAAGAGGGAGAAGAAGGUACAAAUGACUUAAAACGUGACAAGGGAGACGGUGUUAAGGGUCUUAAAAUGAGAAGACGCUCAACUUUGGCUCAGGCAGAGGAGGAAAUAGAAGAUGAAGCCGCUGAGGCUGCUGAAUUGUGCAGGUUGCUCAUGGAUGAUGAUGAAGCUGAUAGGAAGAAAAAGAAGAAAACUAAAGUAACUGGGGAAGAAACAAGAUUGGUAUCAAAGAUGCAAUCAAAAUUUGCCUUCGACAAUGCUGAACAAGUUAAGCAAAUAACAAAUAGUUUACAAUUAGAUGGAAAUAUUCCCUUGAAAGAGGACACGAUUACAGAUCUUAGGGAGGAGGAAAAUUUUGGUGCCAAAAAAAGUAAAUCACUGAAGGUCAAUAAAGCCAAGAAGAAUGAUAUUGCACCUAUUUCUCUUCCCAAUAAAAAAAUCAAAUUGAAUAUGGGAGAAGGAAUUAAGAACCAGGUGUUUAAGGAGAAAAAACCAUCAAGGGAAACUUUUGUUUGUGGAGCAUGUGGUCAGCCUGGGCAUAUGCGAACAAACAAGAACUGUCCAAAAUAUGGUGAAGAUCUUGAAACUCAACUUGAAUCUGCAGAUAUGGAAAAAUCAUCUGGGAAACCCAUAUCUGUGGACCCCUCCAGUCACUCCCAGUCUAAAACCGCCUCCAAAAAGUCAAGUUCGAAAAGCAACUCAAAGAUUACUCCUGUUGACAAUUCGGCAAAAAUUCCACUGAAAUUCAAAUGUGGCUCCACAGAGAAAUCUUCUGAUAAACCUGUAACAGAGACCCUGCAGAACUCUGACAAACCAGUCACUUCGGAUUCAGAAACUGCAAAGUCUGCUAAGGUUAAUAAGAUAAUUAUUCCCAAAAAAGUGAAACCAGAUGAUACACAGGCUGAAUCUCGUAAGCAUGCUGUUGUUAUAAGGCCUCCUACUGAAUCAAGUAGAGGGCUUCCUGCCGAUUCAGGUAGAGGACCUCCUACUGAUACAGGCAGAGGUCAGGUUGAUUAUCACAAGUUACCAAUUAAAAUACGACCACCAACAGAGGAGCAAAGUCACAAAAGGAUUGUUAUAAGACGUACGAAGGAGGUUAUUGAUUUAGAACUGGAUAGUCCUGGUGGAAACACUGGACUUCAACACAGAAAGACAAAAAGAAUUGUUGAAUUGUCAAAUUUUGAGAAACAAAAGAAACAGGAGACCGUGUAUGGAACUGGAGCUUUUCCAAAAUGGAACACUAAAGAGGACAGAAGAUGGUGGGAAGAGCAAGAGAAACGAAGAAAUGAUGCAAGACUUCGAGAAGAAGACAGAGCAAGGAGGCAUCACAAAGAAGAAAUGAGGAUGCUCAAAGAGCAAGAAAGGUUAGAUGAAAUAAAAAGAUUUGAAGAAGAUAUCAGAAGAGAGAGGGAGGAAGAAGAACGGCAAAAGGCUAAGAAGAAAAAGAAGAAGAAAAAGCCUGAUUUAAGAGAUGAGUAUUUAGAUGAUCCCAGAGCAAGAAGACAUGAUAAGAGAAUGCCUGAAAGAGACAGGAGUGGAAAAAGGAGAUCUGUUGCUGAGUUAGGAAAGCUUAGUGCAGAUUAUAUGCCGCCAACAAAACGCCGAAGAGGGGGAGGGGGAGAGGUUGGUUUGGCAAAUAUCUUGGAGGGCAUUGUGGAAACGAUGGUUAAAGAUAGGUACGAGCUAUCUUAUCUUUUCGUGAAACCAGUGUCGAAGAAAGAGGCUCCUGACUACCUGGACAUUAUAGAUACGCCUAUGGAUCUUUCCAGAAUCAGGGAGAGAGUACGGAACAUGGAGUACAAGAGCCGAGAAGAUUUCAGGCAUGACGUUUGGCAGAUUACUUUUAAUGCACACAAAUACAACGACGGUAGAAAUCCUGGAAUUCCUCCCCUUGCAGAUAUGCUUUUGGAAUAUUGUGAUUAUUUGUUGAAUGAGAAUGAUGAUAGCCUCACUUCAGCAGAAGCUGGCAUUGAAACUAGAGAUUCCUAAACCAUGUCAAACUCAGAUCAUUAAUCUGGAGGUUUUGGUAGCGUUAAAUCAUUUUCUAAAUAUAGUGUAAAUUCUGGUUUAUAAGGAUAUACCAAAAUGCCUCCUGUAUUUUUUUUAACGAUAUCCAAAGAGGGUUGAAAGUUGUGUGGAAACAAGAUGAUGUAUCAUCCUUGUAGCUUGUUAAAUUUUCAGCGUGUAACAAUGUAGAUUGAGGUCACUUAAAGGAUGAUUUUAGAUGUUAAAAAAACAAAAUAAAAGCAGAAUAGCAGCAGUUAUGGACGA